AUGUCCUCAUCAAGAUUAGAGUUUCUUAACUCCUUGAUCACAAGCGUCAACUUCUCAGCGCGAGGAUUGACAGCAACUCCUUGGGUGGAACCAGUGAUGAUUCUCUCCACUAGAUCUCCCCAUCCACCGUCAUUGAGACCAGCUCCUGUUGCCGGAGACAUAGGAUCCUCCGAGAUAGAAUACGACGCAAACAGUUUGAUAGCAAAGUGGUGCGAUUCGUUUGUGGAAAGAUGUCCCUGUCGGACGCUAAACAUUCUGGUAACGUUAGCAACUCCUGCUGCAAUUCCUUUGCGAACAACUUUGAGCGUUGUCUGA